AUGAUGAUUCACUCUGUUAAGGAGGAGUAUCUCACUACUGAGAUCGUAGCUUCUUCUCCUCCAAAGUUGCUGUGCAAACUUCACACAAGGUUACACACAGUGCCCUGGACUGCCGACUGA